AUGAAUCCAAUGACUGGCCCAUCAGGUGGUCCAGCCAUAUGGCAGGAGGCUCGAAAUGCUGAUGGGAGAGUCUACUACUACAAUGUCCAGACGAAGGUGACACAGUGGGCAAAGCCAAUUGAGCUAAUGACCCCCGUGGAGCGUGCCCUUUCCAAUCAGCCUUGGAAGGAAUACACAGCAGAAGGAGGGCGCAAAUACUGGUACAACACAGAGACCAAACAGAGCACGUGGGAGAUCCCUGAGGUUUACAAGAAUGCGCUCGCACAGGCUCCAGCUGCCCCAGCUCCCACUGCUCCGGCUCCCUCUGUCGCUGCUCCGGCUUUCGUAGCAGGCGGCACCAGUUCUUUCGCGCAACACCCCCAUCGUGAGCGCGAGCGAGACCGAGACCGAGACCGGGAUCGCGAUCGCGAGCGCGAUGACUAUGAUCGGGGAUAUGGCGAUCGUCGAGGAGGAUAUGGGUCUUAUGAUCCCAACAGUAUGGCGGCUGCAUCAGCUCUGGCCACACAGACCGACCCCGAGUAUGGCUCCCUUGAAGAAGCAGAAAGCGCCUUCAUGAAAAUGCUCAAGCGGAAUAACGUCCAGCCCGAUUGGUCCUGGGAGCAGACAAUGCGUGCGACUAUCAAAGACCCUCAGUAUCGUUCUCUUAAGAAUCCGAUGGAUCGAAAGGCAGCCUUUGAGAAAUACGCGGCCGAGGUUCGCAUGCAGGAAAAGGACCGGGCGAAAGAACGAUUCGCUAAGCUCCGCACAGAUUUCAAUACCAUGCUGAAGCGGCAUCCUGAAAUCAAGCACUACAGUCGCUGGAAGACCAUCCGGCCUAUUAUCGAGGGCGAGACCACGUUCCGCGCUACCAAUGAUGAGAACGAAAGGCGUCAGCUCUUUGAGGAGUAUGUCAUUGAGCUCAAGAAAGCACACGUUGAACAAGAAUCGGCCACGCGCAAGGCGGCUAUGGAUGAGCUCAUGACCAUUCUCAAUUCUCUCAACCUUGAGCCGUACACGCGCUGGUCGGAGGCUGAAGCGGUCAUUGAGUCCAAUGAUCAAGUCAAAGCUGAUGAUAAGUUCAAGACCCUGACCAAGUCUGAUAUUUUGACUGCCUUUGAAAAUCAUAUCAAGUCCUUGGAGCGCGCAUUUAACGAUGCUCGCCAGCUGCAAAAGGCAGUCAGGGCCCGAAAAGAGCGCCGCAAUCGUGAAGGGUACUUGGAGUUGUUGAAGGAGCUCAAAUCCCAGGGGAAAAUCAAGGCGGGCAGCAGAUGGACGGAUAUUCGGCCAAUCAUCCAAGAUGACCCCCGAUAUCAGGCAAUUCUGGGCCAACCUGGGUCAACACCCCUUGAUCUCUUCUGGGAUAUGGUUGAGGAAGAGGAGCGUUCUCUUCGCGGGCCCCGUAAUGACGUUCUGGACGUCCUCGACGACAAACGCUACGAGGUUACCACCAAGACUUCGCUCGAGGAGUUCACCGAGAUUAUGCUUUCUGAUCGUCGCACUUCUAAGAUUGAUUCCGAUAUCUUGAGCCUUCUUUUCCAGCGCAUCCAAGAGAAGGCCAUUCGUCGGGAUGAGGAGGAGAAACACGCAGCAGAUCGUCACCAGCGCCGCGCAGUUGACGCACUUCGCUCUCGGAUUAAGCGUCUGGAGCCCCCUGUGCGUCUGGCAGACACCUGGGACGAAGUCAGACCACGCCUUGAGAAAUAUGAAGAGUACAAGGCUGUUGAAUCCGACGAGCUUCGUGAAUCGGCAUUUGAGAAAGUCAUCCGCCGCCUGAAGGAGAAGGAAGAAGACGAAAAGGAGCGUGAUGUCCGGGAUCGUGAUCGUGAUCGCGAUCACAGCCGCCGUCGUGAUUAUGAUCGCGGUGAUCGCGACUACCGUAGUAGCCGCGGUGAACGACGUGGUGGCAGCCGAGUCAGCCGUACUCCCGAACCUGAUGCGUACGAGGCGGACCGCCGCAAAGCACAAGCGGACCGUGAACGAUCCUAUCGCAAGGUCAGCGCAAUCUCCCCCUCUCGAGAGCGUCGUGAAGAUCGUGAGCGCGACAGAGGAGACCGGGACCGCGACCGCGAUCGCGAGCGUUACCGUGAACGUGACCGAGGAGACCGCGAUUACGACCGACGUCCCGGCGAUCGACGAGAAGACGAGCGCGAGCGUCUCUAUCGCACGCGUGGAGAUCCCCGUGGAGGUCGUGAUGAGCUUGACUACGGCGAAACCCGCAGCACUACCAGUACGGACCGUCGACGCCGUCGGGAGAGCGAUUCUGAAAGUGUGACCAGCCGGUCGACGAAGCGAUACCGCCGUGAUAGCCGUGAGCGGGAUCGUAGCAAGGGUCCUCGGCGUGCUGGGCCAGAACGCUCUGCGGUUCCUGAAGAGGAGAGCAAGAAGGAUGAGAAGGCCAUUCACUCUGGCAGCGAGGAAGGGGAGAUCGAAGAGGAUUAG